AGAUCUCACGAAUAUCGUGUAUUAUCAGUUACACCUGCAAUUCUGGAAUAAUGAUGAAAUACAUUAGCAUCCACAUCCAUCAGUCUUAUGGAUACUCAAUUAAUUUAUCUUGUCAAUGUUCUAGCAAAACCAACCACAAACAGAAUUAUCAGUUGUCACUAAUUUAUUAAAACAAUAUUUUCAACGAACUAAACUUCAUAUAAACACAAUUUUUCUGUACUGCCCGGUUGCGAGGGCUCUCUGGGAUUACUCGGGGUUGGAUUAUCUUGGGGAGGGUUUGCCUCGGCACACGUUUCCGUUGUUUCUUAAGCGGAUGCUCGCCCUGGUCCAUGAUCCAUCCCUGUUGAUGGCUGUGGUUGCCAUCCUCUGGCGGAUCUGUCGUUCGCGCAACUGGGUAGUCUUUGAAGGCAAGCAGUUUGGGAUUACGGCUCUAAUGCGCCAAUUUCACCAGCAAUACGAGGAAUGGGUGGGCCUGCCGAUUGACCAGCCACUAAGGAUUUCUGGCCCGGUGGUUCGGUCAGGGACCCAUGUGGAUGAUUCUCGCCUGAUUUGCAUGUGGGAUGGGGCCACUAGGAGGGGGUCACACUCGGCUGGUGGGAUGGUUCUUUUUGAUCCGGGAUGGACGCUCCUUCGGGCUAAAGGUGUGCAAUUUGCGCAAAUUGACGAGCCAAUGAUGGUGGAGUUGCUUGUGAUGCGGGAGGCUAUCAUUUGGUGUUUACAGUGUGGCUUGUCCGAAGUUCGGUUCGAGGGUGAUGCGAAGGUUAUUAUUGAUAAGAUUAAUCAAGCCGACACGAGCGACAGUCGAUUGGGGGCAGUCGUGAAAGAGAUUUGUCGUUAUUGUGGUGCCCAUCCGGGGUUUAGUGUGCGGUUUGUAGGUCGGGAGAACAAUAGGGUAGCUCAUUUGGUAGCUAGAAAAGCCCUCUCUUUGUACCCGAGUGUGAAUCGCUCGUUUGAUUUCAAGGCCUGGCUGCUUUCCAGGAUGUAACUAUCUUUUGUUUGGAUUAAUAUAUGAUAUCUUUUGACAAAAAAAAAUAUAAUUUAUAGAGAGCUGCAUAUCUCCUAAAGGAAAAAAUAGUGCUUUUUUACCUAAUAACAACAUAGACAAAUAAUGAAAGGAGCAUACUUCAAUACAACUCAACUCAUUCUAUCUUACAGAUUCCUAAUUUGUGAACUGAAUCUAUGCACCAAUCAAAAUAGUAGUUGGUAAGAAAAUAAUCAUGUCAAAAUCAAGCUUUAGUUAAGGAUUUAAUGAGGAGAAAUUCACCCUAAUGAAACAAACAAAUAUCAUUGCA